AUGUUCCUAUCUACCUACCCGCUCAACCCAGCAUACUUGGACUCAUCGCUCUCGCCAAAGGAACGAGCGGCAGAUCUACUCCAGCGUAUGACCUGGGAAGAAAAGGUUGGCCAGCUCGGUGGUGUCCGACGGACUCUCGUACAUACCAACGGGCAAGCGACAUUCAACAAGACAGCUUUCGAUGCUGUCCAUAAGACUCAGAAUGGGCAGAUAGGCCUGGGAGCUCAGUAUAAUUAUGCCAAGGAUGUGUUGCCGGUCGUGAACGGGCUGCGUGCUGAGCAGAUCAAUAGUACGAGGCUGGGCAUCCCAUACGUAGUGAUCACCGACUCCAUCAACUCGAUGUGGGUAUCCGGCGGCACCCUAUUCCCCGGCGCUGUUUCCAUGGCCUCGUCGUGGAACCUCGAUCUGUACGAGCAAGUCGUCGCCGCUAUCCGAGACGAGAAUCAUGCGCUCGGCGUGAAUUGGGUCCUCUCUCCGGAACUCGACAUUGCGUACGACCCAAGGAAUGGCCGAAAUGGCGAGAUGUUUGGAGAAGAUACGUAUCUCGUCUCGCAAUUCGGCACGAAGUACGUCAAGACUAUGCAAGCGAAAGACGAGAAUGGCUUCGUCAAGAUCGCAACGACGAUUAAGCAUUGGGUAUAUGGUCGCGGAAAUGGCGGUGUCAACCGAGCGAGUAUGUCUGGAGGCAUAAAUCAUAUCAUGAACGAUCUAGCUGCCCCGUACAUUAAAGUUAUUAAGGAAGCUGACCCUCUGUCGUUAAUGGUCUCCUAUGCGUCGGUCGACCGUGUGCCUAUGUCUAUCAAUGGAUACAUGGUUCGGGAUAUAUUAAGAGGCAAUCUAGGAUUCAAGGGUCUAAUCAUGUCAGACGCAAGUUCCAUACAGUACACCACGACGGAGUCGAUGGUCUCAAAAUCUCGAGAAGAUGCCGCUCGAAAGGCGCUUCGCGCUGGCUUGGAACAUGAAUUAUCACCUGACGGAACGGGCCUCUACACGACUCUAAUCAACGAAGUUAAUAACACCGAAAUCGCAAAUCUGAUUGACGAAUCCGUCUCGGCUUUGCUUAAGAUCAAGUUCGCGACGGGCGUGUUUGAUAACCCGUUGCCUUCCGUCGAGAACAUGGAGAGCAUACUUAGAAGCAAGAAGCAUCUGGAAAUAAACCGGAAUAUCUCUCGGGAGUCUAUCGUACUUCUCGAAAAUGACGGCAUCUUACCACUUCACAGGAGUAACGUAAGCAAAAUCGCAGUUGUGGGGGCGUACGCAGACAUGAUAAACGCUGGCAUGUACGCGGCUUGUAAUGCCACUGAUCCUUCUUACGGUGACUCGUUGCGUCGGAGUCUCGAGAACAAACUUGGAGCUGAGAAUGUGCUCUACGCUCAUGGUGUCGACGCACUUCCUUCAAACGACAGUUCAGGCAUCGACGCCGCCGUGGCAGCUGCCAGGGAGGCUGGGCUUGCUGUCGUGGUACUCGGUUCAGGAUACGGCACAUUUGAUACAACCGAGAUAAAUAACCGUCGCACGGAUGGUGAAGGCUUCGCACAUGCGGAAUUGGGAUUCCCGGGUCUCCAACAACAGCUAUUAGAUGCUGUUUUAGACACCGGUGUCCUUACUAUACUGAUUAUGAGCAGCGGACAGACAUUUGUGCUUAACGAAUCGACGAUGCGAUCCAAUGCCAUUAUCCACUCCUGGUUAUCUGGCGAGUUCACUGGCGACGCCCUUGUCGAGAUUCUAUUCGGCGACGUGAACCCUAGUGGAAAGUUGACGGUGACGAUGCCACAGGCCAACGGCGCGUUCCCCGUCGCAUACGAUUAUCUACCAUCCGAUGACAGAGGAGGUUUUGGCACUGCUACAUUGUAUGAUUGGCAGUGGCCGCAGCUAACUCGGUAUGCACCUCUAAGAUUUGGGUUCGGACUGAGCUACACGAGGUUUAAUAUCUCGUCACCGGUAGCUCCGAGUAUAGUGCCGUAUGGUGGUAACGUAUCGGUUACUGCAAGGGUGACAAAUAGUGGUAGGGUCGCUGGUAAGGAGGUAGUGCAGCUAUACUAUCGACCGGAGUAUAGCGUGAUUGAGUUUCCCGUCAUGAAACUUGUCCGUUUCAUCAAAGUAGACCUGGCGCCGGGAGACUUCAAGGAUGUUACCUUGGCAGUACCGCACAACGAGCUUGGAUAUUACAUCGAUGGUAAAUGGAGUGUGGACUCUGGAAACUAUACCUUCUGGAUUGGAAGUAGCUCUAGGACCGAAGACUUACAUCAGUUCAAUGUAACAAUAUCAUAGCAGAUAAAAGCCAGCAGACAAAGGUGUAAGCCAGCCUAUGUCAAGAACUAAUGUUAAGAAGUUGAUAACCGAGAGUUGUUGAAUACCGGUAUAAAAAGGCUGUAUAUGAAUCACAUUUCUGAUGUGUAAUGAGCGCGCUGAGUUGACGAAGUUGACAUUCCAUAUUAAGGUCAAGGAAAGGGGUUGUAGAGCCAAUUGUUAUCAUGUUGUCCAAACCACAAGGAGAAAGGGAAUCGGGAAUUCUCUGUUUGAUCCGACAAGGAUGGACUGAGGGCAGAGUCAUGGUAAAAUUGAGCCUGCUGGUUUGAGCCAUUUUCAGAGUAGUCAUCCCCAUUAUAUUCCGAAGGCAAGGAUUCUCCAUCUCGUGUGACUGGUAGAUUAUUUGGCGCAAUGGGGACAUUACUUGUCGAAGCCUGAAUGUCUCGAUCAGCUGUUACCGCCUGUUCGCCAUUGUCUUCCCCGUCGGAAAACUCUGCCUGUCUUAGAAGGCUGUGGAUUGCAAGCCGUUCUCUGGUUUUCGCAGCUGAUGAAAGUUGGUCUUCGGAGUCGCCGGUGGACUUCGCGUUGGCAUCAGAUGGUGGGGAAACGGGCGCAAGUCCCUGCUGAGAGAACGUCUUCACAGAGCGUUGCAUUUCCUCAAUUAUUGGUCGGACGAGCACUGAAGUGCCAUAAAAACGUUUUAGUGCAAUUAGACAUAGAUCGACUCUGCUGGUAGCGAAUUCUGGGCUGGGACGGUCUUCGAUCGU